AUGGUCCGCUGCCUGGGGCCUGCGCUGCUGCUGCUGCUGCUGUUACUGGGGUCGGUGAGCUCGGUCGGAGGGAACCGAUGUGUGGACGCGGCCGAAGCCUGCACGGCGGACGCGCGGUGCCAGCGUUUGCGCUCAGAGUACGUGGCGCAGUGCCUGGGCCGGGCCGCGCAGGGGGGCUGUCCCCGCGCCCGCUGCCGCCGGGCCCUGCGCCGCUUCUUCGCCCGCGGGCCGCCCGCGCUCACCCACGCACUGCUCUUCUGCCCGUGCGCGGGCCCCGCGUGCGCCGAGCGUCGGCGCCAGACCUUCGUGCCCUCCUGCGCCUUUUCGGGGCCCGGCCCCGCGCCGCCCUCCUGCCUUGAGCCCUUAAACUUCUGCGAGCGCAGCCGGGUCUGCAGGCCUCGCCUCCUGGCCUUUCAGGUCUCAUGCACCCCAGCGCCCAGCGCCCCCGACGGCUGCCUGCUGGACCAGCGCGCCCGCUGCCUGCGCGCCUACGCAGGCCUAGUGGGCACCGCCGUCACCCCUAACUACGUGGACAACGUGAGCGCGCGCGUGGCGCCCUGGUGCGACUGCGGAGCCAGCGGGAACCGGCGUGAGGACUGCGAAGCCUUCCGGGGGCUCUUUACAAGGAACCGCUGCUUGGAUGGUGCCAUUCAGGCCUUUGCCAGCGGGUGGCCCCCAGUCCUGCUGGACCAGCUGAACCCCCAGGGAGACCCGGAGCACAGCCUCCUGCAGGUGUCCUCCACAUGCAGGGCCCUGGAGAGACGCUCCCUGCUCUCCAUACUUCCUGUCCUGGCUCUCCCGGCCCUGCUCUGACUAGAACAGCGACCUCGGACAGCACACCCAGCUACCCCACUCUGCCUGCCCGGGCCGCCUCUGUGGCCUACUGGCCCCUUGAGAAGGGACUGGCUUACCCCCCAAGCCGGCCCUGGUGCUUUCACCCCGCUGCCCUUUGUAGGUUUGGACACCCUGUGUGCCAUCCCCUGGGGCAAGGGAUGUAGGCUGGGGCCCGACUGCAAAGCCCCCGGUCUCCCUGUCAGGAGGCAUCUUGGUUGUAGGUUCCUUUAGCCACAGACCUUGAGACCAUUGGGGUCUCCCACAAGGUGGGGUCAGGAGAGGGUCACUUUUGUAGCUGAGACCUUUCUGGAGACCCAGAUACCCUCGAGCAGGUCAGAGACCAUCCAGAAUCCGAGAAUUCUAGGAAAUUAUAUCAGCCUCCCAAGCAUAUAACUCCCUAAGGAAUCCAUCGGACAAGACCCUUUCUAACACCGCAUCCUCCCAACUGGGCAUUACCCACCAUUGUAGCCACCUAUGCACCAUGACCAUGCUGGCAGAGUCUUUCCUGUUUCUCAUAUGCUGCUUGAUGGGCCCCACCCUGUGCCCUGCCUGGCAUUGGCCCUGUGGCCAUCUUCCCCCUGGUUUCCUGCAGCUGUAGGAAUAACAUACAGUGCUUAUUAAAUCUGUGUGCUGAGACUGAC